GCGAGCUGAGCCGUGCCGGGGAGCAGGCUGCCGGCACCAGCAUGGCCUGGCAGGAGCAGGGCUCGGCUGAGCCAAGGGCAGCUGGCAUUGCCCGGGCAUUCACCUUCCAGGGAGGCACACGGCCCAAAGCAGGGAGCCUGGCUCGCAUCUCCCAUCUCUGGCCAGCCACCAUGGGGAGCAAGGAGCGUUUCCAUUCACUGCAGAGGAUGGACACCAACAGGAGCGUCAGCCGGAGCAGCCAGGGCCUGGGGAGCUGGGGCAGGACUGCAGGCCGGCUCUCUGUUGGCUCCGGCAGUACCCGCAGGAAGGAGCUGAAGGAAAUUCUCCUGCAGAGCAACAGCCCCGGCAGCACCAUGCGGUUUGGCACUGCUCAGAGAACAUCCGAUGUCGGCAGUGGCCUUGCAGGGACACACCAAGAGCAGAAGGCUGAGCAGAGCCCCGAAGUGUUCUCCCUUGCCCUGGAUCCUCUGGAGCAUGAAUGGCUGCUGACAGUGGCCCAGGGUGAUGCAGACAACAUCAUCAGGCUGCUGGACCUAGAUCCCAGUCUGCUCAACAGGAAAGACUUUGUGACAGGCUUCACUGCUCUCCACUGGCUUGCCAAGCAUGGCCACUAUGAGAGCUUCAUCCAGGUCAUCUCCCAUGCCCAGAAGAAGGGCUAUCCCAUCAACGUGAACAUCCCUACGGCCAGCGGUGGCUUCACCCCCUUGCAUGUGGCUGCCCUGCAGGGACACGAGCUGCUCAUCAAAGUGCUGGUGGGAGCUUAUGGGGCAGACACCAGCCGCAGGGACCACAGCGGACGCAAGGCUUGGCAGUACCUGAGUGCAGACACCUCCCAGGAGCUGAAGGAGCUGGCGGGGGCUUUGGAGGAGGACUUGGUCCAGCUGUGCUCUCACAACACCAACAACAACUGUAAGUCAUCCAGUGAGGCCAGGGCAGGGCAGGACUGUGUGGACUCCAGGGCUGAGGGGAAAGCCCAUCGCUCCUGGAGCAUGUCAACCCUCCGGGUCUUUGUCCGACAGGCAUUUGCUUUCUUCCAAGAGCGCUAAAGCUCCCCUGGCCCUGUCCUGCAAACCUGUGCUGAAUAGUAGCUGGACGAGCCUGUGAGGGGCUGGGAACUGCACGAGGGCUGGCACUUGAAAUCCCAGCCAAACAGGGAUUAACAUCCUGCAUGGGGGCCCUGUGGCCAUCCAGGUCUCACGUGGUCUUUGGGGCUUGUGGCAGUAUUUGUGUGUGUGUGGCAACCAUGGCCAUGGGGAGCAUUGCCUGUGUCCAAAGGGGAUUUGUCCCCCACCCUUGCUGAUGGGCAUUCCUUGCCACAGCCCAGCAGAGCCCCACAGUGGGGGCUCACAUGCUAGCAUUGCUGUAGGGAGCUGAUUCUGUGACACCCUGCAUGCCUGUGUGGGGAUGCUGACCCUCCAUGGAAGGUGUCCUGUGCUGGGGGGGAUGUUUGGGUGCUUGUCCCAGGAUGCUGGCAGACUUUGUGUGUGACUGCAGGUGGGUCAUGCAGCGACUUGGUGUCUUUGUUGUCCCACCUGUAACAUGAGGCUGUGUCGUGGUUUAAGCCCAGCCAGUAACUCAGAACCACGCAGCACUCCCAUGUUGCCCAGCAAUGCUAUGAAGUUGGAUUCGUCAUGGCACCUCAGGUGCCUGGAUGGAGACACUGGCAGAAUAUAAUCACAUAUUCACAAGCACACUCUUGUGAUAUCAGAGGCCUGGCACUGGGCUGACCAUGGAGAAGCAACUAUGGCUUCAGAAACAAGCCCACCAAUGUUUUUUUUAUGUAUGCUUUUCUGCUGGCAGGGAGAGUGGGUACAGACAAGCAGGCUGUGCCUUCAGCCACAUUUUCCAGCUCCCUGUGAGGUUUCUAGACCUCUUCUACAUGUACCUCCUCUGGGCUGUUGUUUGUCUGUGACAACUAAAGCUGUUUCUCAAUAAAGUAAGAGCUGGAGUGCCCAGCGAAACAGAAGGUUUUCAAAGUUCAAGACAAGUCCCCCCUGGCAGCCUCUCCCUGGGAUCCCCAUCCAGGGGGGCCUGAGAUGCUCAGCUCCACUGCAGAUGGGAGCAGGAGUGGAGGAGGCAGGAGAGACACCCAGUAGGGUAGCAUGUGGUGGUUCCCACAGGGAGUGGAGUUGAUGAGCAGCUCUGGAACGAUGACUCAUUGCUCAAAACCAUGGAAAAUGUACAAAGGCUGAGAGAUUAUCUUUGUUGCUACUGAGGUCAUGCUCAAAAAUGAAACUCUUGAGAAGCAUUCCUAUAGCAGCAUAACCCUG